AUGGAAGCCACCGCAACCGCCUCCCUCGGGCGGAUCCUCGCCUCCUCGCCGCUCCCCUGCGGCUCAUGCCAUAGCUGUGUGCGCGUGGCCGUGGCGCCGGAGCAGCGGAGGAGGGGUAGGGCGGUGCUCGCGGCAGAGGCCUCGACGGGAAAAUACAUGCUACCGCUGGACGCCACGCCAUCGGGGAUCACGCGCCCGCUCGUCGAGAUCCUGCGCGACCUCAACAAGCGCGUCCUGGAGACCAUCGUUCUCCCUGCCUCCCGCCGCGCCUCCGCUUCCGACCCCAUCAUCCCUUGGUACCUCUCUCCCCCUCUCUGCUCCGAUUCCCCAUCCCCGUGUCAUGCUAGCUCGAGACCAGUCGAUGAAUUUGAGGUUUCUUUGAUGCUUACUCUUCUGAUUCAGAAAGGUCUGAAUCUGAUCCCGUAA